AUGGCAGACAACAGCGGAACAUACGGCAUCAAAGGUCUUCCAAGACCCAAAGAUGCCGUCACUCGUCACCCCGAGGGUGGUAUUCCUUAUGUUGAGAACCUGCCAGUUCGUUAUGAAAUCUCAGUCCUCGCCGGUUCCACCGACCCCCAUCUCCGAAGACAAUGGACUCUUUUCGUCCUUGCCCUUGAAAAGUUCAAGCUCAAGCCUGUGAAUGAGAAGCUCUCUUACUUCCAAGUCGCGGGUAUUCACGGAUAUCCCGAAGGCGCUUGGGAUAACGCCCCACCACCAAAACAAGAUCCCAAGAACCCCAAAAAGGGAGAUCAGCCUUAUGGUGGUUAUUGCAACCAUAACGGGCUGAACUUUCCUACUUGGCAUCGUCCAUACAUGGCAUUGUUUGAGCAAUGUAUCUGGGAUAACAUGGGUGACAUCAUUAACCAUUGGGUCAAAGAACACAAACUCAACGAGGACGAGGAAGAACUUGCUCAAUGGAACGAAGCUAAAGACACCUGGCGCAUGCCUUACUGGGAUUGGGCUCGACAACAGAGCUACAAUGAAGACUUUGCCUAUCCCCAAGUCCUUGUUCAAGGUCCAGUUCGCAUCUUUCCGCCCGAGUCGAUUAAGAAGUUUUAUCCUCCCAGUGGACUCUACGCCAAUCCAUUCUGGAGCUUUGAGAACCCUGAGAAGGAUGACGACGGUAACCCUCGUGCGUUUGGUGACAUGCCCAAAGGCAAGAGGGACUACAACAUCGAGGAUGAUCCUGUCAAGCACAACCCAGCACCUCCACGAGACAAAGAGGAUGUGGCAUGGAUGCCUUGGAGUGAAGCAACCGGAACUAGCAGAUACGGAAUCUUCGUCAACAAAGGUGCAAAGAAGUUCAUCGGCCUUGAGGGUGUCAAUAACGCCUGGGUCGCCAACAACCAUCUUUCCAACAUGACAUGGUACCCAAUCACAGACAGGCAAAAAGCACAAGCGAAGAAGAGCAACAAGGAUUUCUAUCUGAAGUGGAACCCAGGAACUCUCGCUGACUCCGUCAACCGCAUGUUCUCGCCCAAGUACAACAGCACAUGGGGACAAUUUGCCUCGACCAAGUGGACUUACGAAGGCUACGGUAAUUCCAUGAAUGGCUUCUUGUCGCUUGAGUACAUCCACAACAACGUUCAUAACAUUGUCGGCGGCUCCGACUUUGCAACUGGUGUUGGUCAUAUGAGCGAUGUGCCUGUCGCCGCAUUCGAUCCUAUCUUUUGGCUCCAUCACACUCAAAUAGAUCGUCUUCUAUCUAUCUGGCAGUGCCUCUACCCCAAACUCUGGUGGGAUCAAAAGGAACCAACCCGACCGGGUGAACAGAACGUUCCAGAUGAUACAGAGGAUGAUCUUCUGUACCCAUUCCAUGACAAGGACAACGGCGACCCAGUCAACGACGUCUGGACAGCGAAGAAGUGCCGCGAUUGGACUGUCUUCAACUACCAGUAUGAUGAUCUCAUGGACCUAUCUCAAAAGGCCCUUGAUGCAAAGGGAAACCUCGACGAGCCCAAGUUCCAGAAGCUCCUUCAGGCGUACAUCCACAAGACAUACCCUAGCACCGAACAUCUGCUUCGCGACAUCAAGGAUAAUCGACAUGUCCACAUUCCCGCUGGACUGACCCCUGAUAUUCCCGACAUUGAUGAGAACUCUUGGAAGGACUACAUCAUCAACGUCAAGUAUGAUCGCUACGCCUUGGGUGGACAGUCUUACACUAUCAAGUUCUAUCUUGGUGGUCCAACGGAUGAAGAUGUGACUCACUUCGAGCCACAGAACUUUGUCGGAAGUGUUUAUACCUUUGGCGGUGGUUCUCGCAAGACCCGAGACUCGUGUGCCAACUGCAAGACUCAAGCUGACGCUGGUGUUCUGUCCUGCGCUCAAGUUCCUCUCACGAUCCAACUCCUCCAUCACACCAUUGACUGUGUCAGAGAUCAUCCUAUUACCAAAUUUGAUGACGUCGAGAAAUACCUCGAGCUCCAUCUGCGCUGGAAGUUCUUCGGCUUUGGUGGAUUUGAAGUUGAUGAGGAGGAAAUUGACCCCUUCCACAAGACCCAAGUCACGGUGUUGCGCGGAGUGGGACAGCCUCAUCAUGUUCUUGCUCCUACACAGGUCAAAGCUGCCGAGUUGGAAAAAUUCAGUGUUGCGGCUGCUGAUAUUUCAGUGUCUGAGUCACUUACUGUAUCCGCGAAUGGAACCAACGGGUCAACCGGAGGAAUACCUGUCGCUCUUCCGCCAGUUUACAGUGCUCAGCCGUAUAAAGCUUUACCGGCGAUUACUAACAACAAGCACUUUGGUCUGCAGCAUGAUGGGACUUACCAGAUUGCUCGUUAA